GUCUGUGCUUGGCUCAAACCCAAAAUAGAAAAUCCAAAACCAUUAUCACCCAAACCUUACCCACCAAGUAUAACACAACUCCUUCUUGAUUUCAUUGAUCAAAUGGAAACCCACCCAACUGAAACGAGUCAAGGGGAGAAUGACUAUGAGAAGGAUCUUCAGCAGCUUACAUACACCGUCGCUGGAAAAAUCGAUGAAGGUGCCCAGAAAGCUAAAUCCUUCUUCUUCUCAGCUUGCAUUUACAGGGUACCUGAAGAUCUUCGGAAGCUGAAUGAAAGAGCCUACACCCCUCGCCUCAUCGCUAUCGGCCCUCUUCACCGAGAAGACGAACACCUCCAAACACCCUUGCAACACGUCAAACUGAGCUACACAAAUUACCUACUCUCACGACUGAGCGCAGGAAUGGAGGACGAGCUGGAAUUAACCGCAGGAAUGGAGGAUCUAUUUCUGCUGGAAUUAACCGCGGGAAUGGAGGAUCCAUUCCUGCUGGAAUUAACCGCAAGAAUGGAGAACCAGCUGGAAUUAGCAAAGCAGAAAAAGCUCACGUUUCUACAGGAAUGUUUAGCGGAAUUGAAGACAUCGGUAGCCGAUGCAAAGAAAUGCUACGCAGAAGAAGUUACACUGGAUGAGGAAAUGAUGUUGGUCGAUGGUUGUUUCAUCCUCGAAUUUCUCUACAGAUAUCGCACCCGAAAGGUACCAGCAAGAGAUCCUAUUUUUUGUAACAGUUUGACCUUCCGCAAAGUGCAAAAAGACUUGGUACUCCUCGAGAACCAGAUUCCUUUCUUUGUACUUGAAAAAUUGUUUCGUUUCAUUAUGGAUCAGAUCCCGAAUCGUCUUGACAAUAACUGGUCGCUCCCUGAUUAUGUGUGGUGGUGCUAUAAGGAUCGGAUAAGUCCACUAUCAAAUUCCAACAACAGUAGUAGUAGCAGCGCCAAAUCUUGGUACCGUUCGCCCAGAGACUGUGUCCUUAGGGUUUUUCGUUGUACAACAGCAGCAGAAAAAGAAGAAGUUCAAAGUGGUAAUAGUGAUCGCCGUACCGCCAAGUACUAUCAUAUCCUCCAUAACUUACAUGAAGGUUGCCUUCCUCACAAUCAAACAAAACAGAAAAAUUUAAGAUUUAUACAAAUGCCUUCGGCUUCAGAACUGGUCUAUGCAGGAGUCAAGUUUGUUCCUGAUGAAGGAAACGAUCUGUUCAAGCUCAAGUUCAGUGAACCUCAAGGCCUAUUUUGGUGGUGUCGUAGGGCUCGUUUCGAAAUCCCACCACUCACAAUAUACGACGGCACAGAGUCAUACCUCAGGAACCUCAUUGCCCUUGAACAGUGCUGCCCAGGCGCUUCGCUGCACGUUUCGUCCUAUGCGUUCGUAAUGGACUUGCUCAUGAACACUGAUAAAGAUAUCCAAGUGCUCGAAAAGGCCGGAGUCCUGAGGAACCACUUGGGUGCCACCGGGGACGCCACCGAUCUAUUCAACAACCUAUGCAAGGAAAUCAUUUUUGGAAAAUACUUCCUUGACACGUGCAGCAAAGCCACCGAGUAUAGCAAGCGUUUUUGGCCCAAGAAUAUGGCGCACGUGAGACGCACGUAUUUUGCUUCUCCGUGGACGUUCAUAGCUUUCUGUGUUGGCUUCAUUGCUUUUGUUAUAUCCUUGGUUGGAUUCGUCCGUGAUUUCAGUAAAAAAGGAUAAUGUAGCUGUGAAGGAACAAAGAGAUGGGGUCAAUAAAUCAAGUGGGUCGAAAAUUGGGUGUGCAUAUGUAUAUUGAUGGUGUAGUUGGAACUUGGAAGUAGUAUUGUGCAUCUAUAACGAGUGUGUUUGUGUGAUGUAUAUUGAGAGAGAGAGAGAGAGCUGUGCGAUCCCCUUUGGGAGUUUCCAUUCCUCCCCUAUUGUUUGUGUGUGUGUGAUCAAAUGUGUGUUGUAUUAUUUAUUUUUAUUUUUUAAAUAACUUCGUCUGUGUGUUGUAUUAUUUUGAAAGAAGUGGUAAUAAUAUGGGUGUUGUGUAA